UUUGUGUAGUAGUGAGUAACUUCGCGCUACAUUCUACAAGCAACAAAUUGCUGGAAGACGACGAAACCUUAUUUGUAUUCGUUCCCAUGACAACUGGGGACCAUUUCCCACCAUCGAAGGUUGCUUGUGCGGCUCCUGAUUCAGACUUUCUUUGUCAUCAUCUUCCCCGGCACCCGAACCGAAACAUUGCAACCCUGAAAUUUAUACUGAUGCAAUUUGGUCCCUUCCCAUCAUCUCAUCUCCAAUUAUUCUUUCACCAAUUACUGCAGUCUUUUUCGUUGAAACCCGGUCGACUUUUUUGUUACAGUCGUUAAACAACUUGAAAACAUAAACGCUUUCUGUUAACAUUUGUGGAUUAGAGUUGGUAAAUGUAAAGACACUCAUAUUUUGUUAGAUAAAGAUAAAAGGACUUCCAUUUCUUUUUUUCUACUGCUUGUUCUCUUUCAUUUACCGAUAAAGAUCGGGUUUUUAUGAGUGAGAACCAGAGAAUGGAAUCGCCCAGAACUUCAGCAGAUGUGGGAAUUGCAGUUUCAGCUAAUGAUGAUCCUGCACGACCUGUACAGGAGGACAUUCUAGAUAGAGAUUCUCUUAAUACAGUUGUAAGUUCAGGUCCAAGUGCAAGGCGUGCAGAUCUGUCCCUUCAAAUACCUCCUAAACCAGCCGUGUUUGGAAAUAGUCGCAGUGGAAAGGGUUUACUUCAGUCUCCUAGUAUCCUGGGCAAUUCAUCAACUGCUGGCUUCCUCCGAGCUCUAAGCUUCAAAAGGAAGCUUACUGCAGCUGAUGGUGAAAGAAGCUCUUUGCUUAAUUCAGACCCCAAGGCAGCUCCUGAAAGCCCUGUUUUGGCUAAUAUCAUGUCAAGCCUGUCUUGGAAAAAGAGUACUUCUCUUCCGGUAACGCCUGCAUCAAAUUUGUCUCCCUCAGUGUCCACACCUACUACCACAAGGACUUACAGUGAAAGAAAAAGAUCAAAUGUUGGUGCAUCUAAAGCUGCUGUGUCAAGGUCCCUCUCUGUACCUGGGAGAAACACAGUCAUUGUAAGAUCAGCCUCUUUUGCCAAUGCUGAAGAGUAUCUUCCAGAUGCUGAUAGUGACCAAAUAACUCCUGCUCCACCUGACAAUGAUGAAGAGAUUCCUGAAGAGGAAGCUAUCUGUAGAAUCUGUUUUGAAGCAUGUGAAGAAGGAAACACACUUAAGAUGGAGUGCAGCUGCAAAGGUGCUCUCAGACUGACACAUGAAGAUUGUGCAGUUAAAUGGUUCAGCAUAAGAGGAAACAAAAACUGUGAAGUUUGUGGACAGGAAGUUAGGAAUUUACCGGUAACUUUGCUGCGUGUGCCAAAUACAGCUCAAAGAGAUAACAGGUUGGAUGGACAAAGUAGUUUCAGUUCAGAGAGGAUAAGUGCUUGGCAGGACUUUGUCGUUCUUGUCUUAAUUAGCACAAUUUGCUAUUUCUUCUUCCUUGAGCAGUUGAUGAUUCACGACAUGAAAACCCAGGCACUCGUGAUUGCUGCACCAUUUGCUUUUACUUUGGGCCUUUUGGCAUCUAUAUUUGCUGUGAUCCUAGCAAUUAAAGAAUAUAUUUGGACAUAUGCAGCACUUGAGUUUGCACUUCUUGCCAUUAUUCUCCACUUUUUAUACUCCUGGGUUCACCUGUCCGCAGUUUAUGCAAUAUUAGUUUCUUCGGUUUUGGCAUUUGGUCUGGCUACAAGUCUCAACUGUCUUUACAUGCGAUACUUCUACUGGAGAGUUCAAGUAACACAAAGCUCCAACCUUGCAUAACCAGAGUUUGGAGAGAGAGAGAGAGAGUCUGCCAAUCUAUUCUGUUUAGUUAGUAGGAAGGUGAAUAUUAUAUCAACCACGGAACAUUGUAUACAGGAUUUGCCACCAAGGUUUCAAAAAGAAGUAAAAUAACAAGAUGCUGGAGGGGUUUUGGACUUGUCA